UCAAAUUGACCGUGAUGUAGUCAAAAACAUUUGAAAAACAAUUCAAAUUUAUUUUCAAAAAUAAACCAAACUUUCAGUUUAAUCAACUUUCAAAGCAGGUCAACGGAACUCAACACUGUUGCGUAGUAGUUUAUAAUGCUUUGAGAGUUGUAAUAGGAAGAUUGCCUCUUCUGUUGAUUAAAUCCAGUUAGGGCUGUGACACUGCAAGGCAUGUAUGCACUCCUCAACCAGUGACCAAGUCUCAGGAGAGCGCUGUCAUCUAUAAUCUCUGCCAAAAAAGGUUGGAAAGGAUAUUUCACACACAACUACCAAGAUGCUUCCUCAAGGCGUCGUUGUACUUUUGGGAUUCCUGAUCAAUGUGCAGAGCUCUUAUGCAGCCAAUAGAUCUAUGAGUACUGGUUCUCAUAGCAUCAUGGGAGACUUCCAUGACCUGACAGAUCUCAUUCCUUACGACAAACUGAUACCUCUCUACAUAAAUUAUGCAGUGGAAGAUGAGCAAACCAGAAAAGUGCUCAGAUAUCUUAGAAGUGAUUGUUUCAAGGCGAAUUUGAAAUCGCUGCAAAAGAAGAAAGAGUUCAAUGAUACAGCCGAACUGCUAGAACCGCUCGGUCUGAGUCUCCACUCAACUAUCAGCAAAUUGCAUCGUCAGCUAGAUCGGUACCAGCAGCUGUCGAGUGCCUUCCCGCAACGCACCGGUGGAAUGCGGCACAACACCGAAAUCAGUCAUGACGGCGUUCUGGGACUUGUCGAACUCACCGUCGAAAUUCUACCCGUGCAAGAGAUCAAGGAACUCUACAAGGAGAAAUUGGAUAACUUCCAAUUCAGGACAAUAGUAGAGCAGAGAGGUCUUCUGAAAAACAAACUCUACAAACUGGUCAGCCUGGAGGAGUGUGAGUUUAUAUCUAAUCAGCUGAUCGGAAUGGGCGUACCUCUCAAAGAUGUGGUAACUUUUCUCGAAGAGGAGCUCACCAAUUUUUUCGACCUUGAGUAUGUCAGCGACAGGGAGAGUAGUGAAGAUUAUGAAGCAUAUUGAUUCCUUAGAGACUAGUAAGAAAUGGAAUGUAUAGGCACAGUUAAUUUAUGAUCAGAACUUUUGAAUCUAGAGUUUACAAUUGAGCUUCCAGUCGACCAUAGGAGGCCUACAUCAUAAUUUGAAGUUGAAUUGAUUAUAACAUAGGAUGGCAUUACAUGGGAUAACAAUGGAAGAGGUAGAAAAAUCAAGAUAGGAAAAUAAGGAAAUCGUUCUUAAAAUAUUUUUUUUUGAAAAUCGUAUUAUUGAAGUACAAUAUAAGAAUAGUAGAAGUGCGUUAAUUAAAAUAAAAUUUAUUCGAAUC